AUGCCUUCCGCAAAGGUCUUUACGGCCAUCCUGGCUGCCAUGGCCGUUCCCAUGGCUAAUGCCGGCAACUGCAAGCCCAAACCUGUCACUACAACCGACGUAGCUCUUCCUGGCGUCACAACCUCUGGCACUGUCACUGCUAUCACAUCCGGAACCGAGACCGGCACUCCUACUACCGAGACUUCUGCCACCACCACCACCGAGGCUGCUUGCUCCAAGUACACUCCUUACGAGCUCCAGCCUGCCGACUGUGGCAAGAAGGGCGUUGCUCCCAACUGCGGCGACAAGAUCAUCGGAACUCCCUCGACUUGUGUAGACUGGACCGAGUGUGGUAACACCUGUGGCAAGACUCUUGGCUGCAAGUCUUUCUCUGUCAAGGGACGCAUUUGCACUCUGUACAAGACGGUUGUUGGGGAGCUUGGCUGGACUGCUAGCGAGGGUGCUGGCUCUAGCGAGUUCUACGAUCUUGAGCUUUGCUUCACAUGUGCUGAAGAGUCCAACGCUACCUCUGGCACUGAGACUGCCACUGGUGGUCAGACCACUGAGACUGCUGCCGGCACUGGAACCACCGACACUGCUGUUAUCCAGACUACUGAAACAGCUGCUGGUACUGAGACCACCAACACUUCUGCUGGUGUCCAGACUACCGACACUGCCACUAUUGGUCAGACCACUGAGACUGUUGUUGGCACCGAGACCACUGAAACCGCUGCUG